GGGCCAGUUGUUGACAUUUGCGAGAGGCGAAGAGACGGAGCGACGCCUUCGGAGCCUGAACUACUAUCGAUAAUGCUGACAAUGAAGUGAAUCAUGUUCUAUAUCCUGCUUCUGUACUUUGUUGUCCAAGGAGCAGGGGCCAAGUCAUCAUGGGAGUGCAUUGCCCUGGAUGGGGAGAGGGUCCGCCAUGGCGAAACCUUCGUGCCAGGCCCAGACAUGUGUACUGUUUGUAGAUGUGAGGAAGGGAAAGCUCACUUGUGCCAAGCUGUCCUGUGUCAACCCCCUCAGGACUGCAAGUCUUUUCGCAUUGGAGCGUUGUGCUGCGACUUCAUAUGUCUAGAUGACAUCCUUCCCAAGAUUCCUGAUGGGAAGAUAAAUCCAUCCACUGACCUCGGGCUUCGCAUGGUUGCCUCAGCUGUCACAGCAAUACUGUCUCUAGCAUUGCUUUUAUUCUUAAUCCAUAGACUGAGGCAACGUAGGCUUAGAGCCCAACAACAGUAUUAUGAAGAUCAGUUAGACUCGCCAGUGGGUCCCUCUACAGAUGCCUGCCACAAUAAUGCAUGUUGCCACAAUGCUGCUUAUUGCAAUGGGAAUGAUCAUGCUGAAUUCUUCGUAGAUAGCCAUACUCCUCCUUACUUGUGGAAGCCACCAUCCUUUUAUUUCCCUCAUGAUGAUGCACCACCUCCCUAUAGUGAAGUUGUGGGCAGCUCUUACAGACUCUCUGAAACUAAUGGUGCUCUGCCAUCCCUGGGUCCCCUCAUGGUGCAACUUGGCCCCCCUCCGGGUGAGUCUUCAGAUUUAAGUGAUGGGGUACUACCUCUAGUGGAUGGCGCUAGUAGCAAUGGCACAAGAAUGUGGCACUCACCUGUGGCUGGGGCAUCUACCCGGAAUAUUGAUGGUGCCCAUGGAAUAGAUGUUACUCUCAGGUCUGAUGAAGUCUAUGAGGAUCACAGUGGAAUUCCCAGUGACCUGCCUCCACCAUACCAUGCAGCCUCAGAACCUCUUAAUGACUUGAAUCGGGGCACACAGACAAAUCCACUCGAGCCCCAAUCCCGGUGUAAUGAGACAAGAUGUAGGGCUAGGACUACUCCAGAAGAAGGGCCAAGCAGUAGCAGUGUCCCUGAACCUACAGUGUGUAGAAACAACAAUAACAAUGUGCAUCAACAACCACAACAGCAACAACAGGAGCAGCAGCAUGCCUCAUCUGAACCUGCUGUCAGACUACGUUCUCAUGAACAUCGGUCAUCAGUGGUCCUGAGAGAUGGAGAACGUACUUCUACCAUGGAAGAGUUUCAGCUGCGACUGAGUAUGGAUAUAUCUGAUUCCUCCACCUCCUCUGACGGCCCUACACGAACAUUUUCCUCCUCAUCUGAGGAUUCCACCUCCAUGGAUGCUUCAGAAAUGCACUGAAGCUAAUGUGGCAGCUGUUGUUAUGAGCUUUAUAUUUUGAAAGGAAGGCAGAUGUCUUACCAGGUAAAAAUUUAGUAUCAGAGUAUAUUUUUUAUAGUUAUUAUUUUUUCUCUUCCUUUGAUUAAGUUAGAUUAUUUUUAUAAAAAAAAACAUGCAUCAGAGAUGAAGUUUUUGAUUAUCUUAUCUUGAAGUCAGUAUUCUGUUGGUUACAGUAUUUUUUGCAGAAAAGGUUUUAUGGAGAAGUGCUGACUAUUUUGAAAGCUUCCUAUAAUGUGGAGUCAACUCCUGUUGAAGUUUAUUUUGAAAGUAACCUACAUAAACAUGGAAAAUGUGGCAGAAAUCAAGAAAAAAAAUAAUGGGACAAUUUGAAGUACAUGCACACGCACAUGUGUGUGUGUGUGUUUGUGUGUAGUGUAUAUAUAUACACAUAUAUAUGUAUUAUAUAUGCAUGUAUAUAUGUAUAUGUGCACACACACACACACACACACACACACACACACACACACACACACACACACACACACACACACACACACACACACACACACACACUCUCUCUCUCUCUCUCUCUCUCUCUCUCUCUCUCUCUCUCUCUCUCUCUCUCUCUCUCUCUCUCUCUCUCUCUCUCUCUCUCUCUCUCUCUUUCUCUCUAUCACUCACAGAAAUGAUGUUAAAUUUUUUUGUAUUAUAUAUGGAAAAAAUCAUUUUUGACCUAUAAGGAUUAAGGCAGUUAUUUCUUGCCUUUCUUCUCUCCUUAAUUUCAAAGCAUCAAAAGCAAAUUAUAUAUAAAUAUAUAUAUAUAUAUAUAUUUUUUUUUUAGUAGUUAUACCUGGCCUAUAUAGUCAUUGAUGUUUUUUUUGUCAGAUAUUUUAUUUUGCUAAAGUAUCUCAUGCUGUAAAUAAUAAACAUGUAUUCCACGUCCUACAUGCCCUCCACAUUGUUAUUCUGGGUGAGACAUUUUGAGACCAAGGAUAAUCUCAUUAGCCUUCUUAAACAUACCCUGUGGUGAAGGCAAGAUUUUUUGGCUAUGUUCGACAAGUUCUGUAGGGUAGUUUAUAGUUUGUUUGUGGAAAGGGGGUAAAGGACCACUGAAAAUGCAUACAUUGCAGUAGUUUAUGGUCGCAGUCUGUUGCUGGAGGAUUAGUCAGGAAACAUCAUUCUCUAUUAUUUAUUGAUAAGACAAAAAAAAAAAUGUUGGAAGGAUGUUGAUGAGUUAUUUUUGGUUAGAUGAAGCACACCUAACACUAGGUGUAGACUGUUGUUCAGCAUAAAUUUGUUCUUUCCUCUACAAAUAAAGGUGAGUAAUAGUUGUACUGUACUACAAGUCACAAAUGAUUUAUAGGUCUGGGAUAAUGACUUAUUAUUACAAUGAUAUUACCUCUUUACCAAGAAACAUGGUGAUCUUCAAGUACUUGGAUAGAGUAUUACUUAUUUCAGUAUUUUUUUCUUUUCUUUUCUUUUAAACAAGUCCUGACUAAGGCCUAGAUAUAGUUGUCAUGAGCAUCAGUGAGUAGUAUAAUGAAGCAGUACAAGAAUUGAUUUCUUCCAAGUCAUAAAGGUUGCAUUGCUAUUGAACUGUGGUGGGAGAUGUUAUCCAUUAAGAGAUAUCAAAACCAAAGUUCUGAGAAUAGUUUUGAACCUGGUCACAAAGUAAGUGCUAUCACAAAUGACCCUGGUGUUUUAUAGAAGAUAUGGGAAUACCAUUUUCUUCUUAAUUCCAUGCUUUUCAUGGCUUUGUACAAUUUGCUUUGAAUGUGAAAAAGCAGGAAUUUGCACAUUCCUGGAUCUUUUCAGUGCUUUUUGAAGAUUGUCAAAUUAUAUUUAGACAAAUAGUUUUCUGAAGGGGGUUGCAUUUUCAAAGAAUUUACUAUAUUAUCAUUGUCAAAAAUCAGUGUUCAUGUUUAACCAGACUACACACUAAUGAAGUAUUUGGAUGCAGUAAAUUUCUAUCUUUACACCAAAAUGUAAACAAUAUGUUGACAUUUGGUGUUAGAAAUGGCAGAAAAGCAUAAUCUGAAUUAGGUGCUACAUGCUACAUGGUUGUAAGUUAGCAGUAACAUUCACAUUCACAUACACAUGCAUGCAUGCAAACCGGAAGCCCUUUUUACACAAGCAUAUAAAACAAUUUUUUUUUUUUAAUACUAAGAUAGGUGCUGAUAUCUCAGUCAAUCUUCCUUUUUUCAACUCCCCUUCUUUUCCUCAAUUUGGAUCAUAAGUUUCUGGGCAUUAACAUUCCACUAACUUUCCUUAUCACAGGACCUAAUAAAUGUACAAAAAAUACUUUGAAAUAUAUGUUUGUAUGAAUUGUUUGUAUGCUGAAAUAAUGAUCUGUCAUACUAUUUUUUGGCACAUUUUACAUUUCAAUUGGUCACUUUUCAUAAAGUGCCCAAUUUUUUUUUUCUUAUUUUCCUCUUUUUUUUCUGGAAAGAUCCACAGUCAAAGAAGUUUCCUUACUUUUAGCAAUAUCUUAAGUUUAGAAAUUCUUCAUCAUAUUUUAUGAAUGUGCAAAGUAAAGAAAACUAGCUCAUGUGUCUAGAGUUGGCCUCAGUAGUACCACACACACCUGUAUAUAUGUCUGUAUAAUAAGAUUCUAUUGAAAAUAAAAGUCUGAAUAGUGUUACUUUUCAUGCAGGAAGCAAUGAAACAAAAGUAGUUAUUCAGAUAGUUUGUGUGUACAUGUGUAUCUAUUUGUCUAGAUAUCUUGCGAUAUAUAAUUAGUUUAUAUGCUCUCCUAAGUAUUAGUUAUUGCAAAGCCUUUCCACAUACUUUUUUCAGUACCUUCUUAGCUUUAUUCUAUACCAACUUUUUGAUGGGCAUGAAUAAAUGUAAACAAGUAAGAAGAGAUUUUAAAAAUAUGUUUUGGUACCUUGUGUAGUAUAUACUUGAAAUUGAACUAUUUUGGUUACAUAUGAAUUGUAGUUUAGACUUACAGUUUGCUCUGUAAAGUAAAAUAACUCGGAGAACUCUUGAUGUGAUCGUGUUAUAGACAAAAGGCAUUGAUAUUAUAGUACUAUAUGAUUUUUUUUUUCUUUUCUUUUCUUUUCUUUUUUACACCGAGAGUACUUUGGCAUGAAGGAAAAUUUUGUUCUUGGUAUGAAUUAUUUAAGUUUGAUUUUGAAAGUCUAGAAAUUAAAGUUGUUAUUCAUCUUGAGACUUUUAGUAGCCUAGAAUGAUUCUGGUACUUGAAUGGUAUGUCGGUUUGCAUGCUUGCUUGAUGUAUAGAGCAAGUUCAAUUUAUUUGGUAUAUAUUUUGUCUUACUUACAGAUGGAUAAAAACAAUUAGAGCACAACAACAUUACCUAACUCCUUCAUUAUACAUUAUAAAUUUGAAAAUACCUGCACUGCACAAUACAAAUUUAUUUCUUUGAUACAAUAGAAAUCUGGACUUUGAUGAUGUAUUAAACUAUCAUGAAUAAUUUAAUGAGACAUUAUUUCAUGGAGAUAACAACAACAAAUUGUAAACUUCUUCAUACGAAGAGUCUGUUUUUGGCUAAGGAUAGGCACAUGUUAAGUAUUUGCUGGAUUUUUAUCUUCUUUUGUUCUUUCCUUCUUUCAUUUGACUCUCUGAGAUGGGUGAGAUUGACCAAGUAAUUGUUCUUGAAUAUAGUUCAUGCAGAGAGUGACCUUUGACAUUUGUUAGUGAAGAUCAUUUAUGUUCACAAGAGAUGUGUUGGCAGAAAUAUAUUUCUAGUGAAGAUUAUGGCCUGUAAAACAUAGUACUGUGAAUGUUUAACUUUCAUUAUUUAUCUAGUUUAUUACAAAGCUGCAGCAGUCUUUUGAAGAUACCAAGUGAUUUUAUUUUCUUUUUUUUUUUCUUUUGAGUUUAUCAUUUCCUCUCUCUCUUUUUAAAGCCAAAGAAUUAAAAGCAUUUCAGUGUUCUUUUGUAGCAAUUUUUCAAAAUACAUAUAUCAGUAGGUAAUGCUUGUCAUUACAUAUACUUGUGGCUUAGCAGGCUAUGUAGUGACAAAUGCAUGAGUAUUUUAGUAAAUUUGUGUAGGAAAGUUUCCUUCUUGAAUGUAUUAUGGGCAGUUAGAAAAUCUUUAAUUUUAUAUUUAGUGUCAAAGUAGGAGAAGUGUCUUUUGUAUAUGACCAUCAUAAAGUUCUUAAUAACUUUGUAAACAUAGGAUGUUGCACAAUAAAAAAAAAAAAUACACUGAAGGAUGUUAAAUAUGUAGGUGUGGCUCUUAGUGUAAUUAAAAGGGAAUUAUUUGAAUUUAUGGAAUAUAUUAAUUUGCUAGUAAUAUUAUUUUUAUUAUUAUUAUUAUUAUUAUAAUUAUUUGUUUAUUAUUACUGUAUAAUGUUAUUAUUAUUAUUAUUAUUAUUAUUAUUAUUAUCAUCAUCAUCAUCAUCAUUAUUACCUUCAUUAUUAUCAUUAGCAGAAGUAUUAGUAUUAGUUGUUAUUUUGAUGCUUACUAUUAUUAUCAUUGUUACUAUUAAGGUUAUAAUUAUUAUCAUAUUUUUUUUCAUUAUUAUUGUUCUAGCUUCCAUUUGUUUAGCGAAAUUUUGGUCUUUUUCACAAUCUAGUCUGAUGUUUAAAAAAAAAAUGAGAUACAGUUACACAAAUUAUCAUGCUUUUUAUAUUGUUUUGGAAGUAUUCAGUUAUCAAAGUCAUGCCCAGUUAAAUUCUAAUAACCAUAGGUCACACUGUAUUCUUGUGACAGUAGAAUUAAACUGUAAAUAGGAGAUAAUUGUAACUGUGCCCAUUAUGACACUUCUGAGGUUUGUGCUUUUGUUUCAUUCCUAUUGAAUAUAUAGUUUGGUAAAGACAGCCAAAAAUGCCCUGGUCAUAUCUCCUGUAACAUUUCACACUAAUUCUGUACACUGACGAUUAUUGUUUACAUGGGUCAAAUUUUAUCAAUAUUAAAUUUUCUACAAAUGUUAAAUAUUUGCAGCUCUCAAUUGUGUCUUAAUGUUGCUAAUGGAUGUUACUAAUGUUAAAUCCAUUUGGGUUUAACAAUAAAGUAUACUCACA